AUGGCAGGGCACGGCGCCAGCCUGCUCCUGCUGCUCGGGAUGCUGCCAGGGUGCCAGUGCCAUUUCGGGGGUGUCACUGCCGUUUUGGGGGCUGACAGUGCCAUUUUCGGGGGUGACGGUGCCGCUGUGUCCCCAGCUCUCCUGGUGGCCGUCAGGAUCAACGGCAAGGGCCGGGAGGUUCUGUACCUGGCCAAGGGCGACUCGGUCAAGCUGGGCUGUCCCUACGUGCUGGAGCCCGAGGACAACGGCCCCCAGGGCGUGGGGAUCGAGUGGAUCCAGAUCAGCCCCGAGAGACCCAGCCCCGAGAACGUGUUCCUGUCCUACCAGGACCACCACGUGAACUACGGCAGCUCGGGGCUGCAGGACCGCGUGGCCUUCGUGCAGACGGACCCGGGCCAGCGCGACGCCUCCAUCCGCGUGGCCGACCUGCAGGAGAGCGACACCGGCACCUACCAGUGCCGCGUCAAGAAGAACACGGUGGCCGUGCACGAGGUCAUUGUCACCGUGCAAGAGAAGCCGGCGGCCCCGCAGUGCUGGAGCGAGGGCGAUGUGGCCGAGGGGGGCUCGGUGCUGCUGCGCUGCUUCAGCCGGGGGGGCACCGCGCCCCUCAGCUACCAGUGGGCAAAGCUGGCCGAGGGCUACGGGGGGGGGCGCCUGCCCGCGGGCACCCUGCAAGGCCGUGCCCCCGGUGACCUCCUGAUCCGCAGCCUGACGGGCGCCCACGCUGGCACCUACCAGUGCCGCGUCACCAACCGCGUGGGCUACUCGGUGUGCCAGCUGACCCUGAGCCCGGGGCCGCGCGGGCGCCAGGCUGGCAUCAUCGUGGGCUCCAUCCUGGGCUCCCUGCUGCUGCUCAGCCUCCUGGGGCUGCUCAUCUGGGCACUGAUCGCCCGCUACCAGCGCAAGGAGUGCCAGCGCGCCUGCAGCGACUGCCGGAGCAGCACGGGUGGCACCAUGCCCCGGCCCUGCGCCGCCUGUGCCCACCACUCGUACUCGCCGCAUGGCAUCAGCUACAUGCAGUGCCAGCACGGCGACAGCGACGAGCGCGCGGCCGCGCUGCUCUGCAACGACGGCAUGCGACACCAGGUGACCUGCCCCGCGCUGUGACACCGCGCGCAGCGACAGAACGACAGACAGCGACAGAACGACAGACAGCGACACACAG